AUGGUCAGAUGUCUUUUGCAGUCCAUGUUUAUCUGCUGCGGCGCACCUGCCGUGGUAAGGCUGAGUGUCCUCGGCGUCAUUGCACUCCCCGCACUUGUCGAUUUGCGGACUCGCUCUACUGCAGCUCCAACGCACCUUCCUCGAGACUCGACGCUUUGCGCCCAACAGCUCGUUCGCUCUUUCCAUGUCGCGUGUCGUCUCCUCACAAAAGGCAUCAACACAAAUCACACGUAG